AGGGGGUGAGCUUCACUUGGGAGCCUUUGGGGAGCCUCGAGGCUCCCCUUCCGCUGGAAAAGUUCCGCUCCGCGGCUUCUGUCUUCGGGAGGGCAGCGGCGCGGCUCCUCCCUCGGUCUGUCCCGGAGAAACUCGGGAGUCCGCUCACGUUCCCAAAGUCGCGAUUACGCCCCGAAGAGCGUUUAUCCCGGACCGGGACCAGGGAGGGAAGAGCAGCCGCCCCUGCCGCCCCAGAGGCGACUCUGGCCGGAUCCUACCUGGUUCCUCUCCGCAGGAAGGGCGGGGCUGCCCCUCCCCAAGACGUGACCGGCCAUGGCGAAGGAGAAAGGGGGCUGCCAGCGCUUCUGCACCACCUGCCUGCUGGGCCUGUUCGGCUGCCACUGGACUCACAAGAAGGGCCUGAAGACAAGCAAGUGUGACUACGUCUGGUUCUUCCUGCUCUUCUGCAUCGGCCUCCUUGCUCUGGCCUGGCUCUACGUAGCCCUGGUCACCCUCAACGAUUUCCACAACUUCAACGAGUUCAUCUUCCAGAAGACAGAAUGGUGGCUGGACUGGUCAGUGGUGAUGCUCUCCGUGACAGCUACCCUGGUCACCUACUCCUCUCUGCUGCUGAUUUUGGCCCUCUGCCUACAGCUGUGCCAUCAGCCCCUGAAGCUGCAUUGGCUGCACAAGGGCUUUCUGAUCCUGACUCUGCUGAUAGCAGUGGCUGCUUUUGUGGGGCUGCAAAUUCAGUGGUCGGAGCAAUGGGAGAGUGCCCACAUUGCUCUACAGGCGACCGGCCCCUUCCUGCACAUUGGAGCCGUGGUGGGCCUGACGAUGCUUGCCUGGCCAGUAGCAACCUGCUUCUACCGCCUCUCCCGUGCAGCACUCCGUGGGGUUCUCCUGGUCUUGUAUCUGGGCGCAAUGCUGGCUUUAUACCUGGCCCCCCUGGGCAUCGACUCGCCCUGCUUCCUGGAGCACAGCCAGCUUCCCCCCAAACCAGCUCUGUUUGGGCACCGUGGGGCUCCCAUGCUGGCACCAGAGAACACAAUGAUGUCCUUCCAGAAGGCCAUCAAUUGUGGCCUCAGCGUCUUAGAAACCGAUGUCCGGGUGAGUGCCGAUGGGAUCCCUUUCCUCAUGCAUGAUAAGACCCUUUUACGGACCACAAAUGUCCAGGAGGUCUUCCCCACCCAAGCCCACGCCAAGGCCACCGCCUUCAACUGGACGCAGCUGCAGCAGCUGGAUGCUGGCAGCUGGUUUUUGCAGAAGCAUCCCUUCCCCACAGCCUGGAGCCUUUCAGAGGAAGAGACGGCCCAGGCCAGGAGGCAGCGCGUUCCGUCUCUGAAGGAGCUGCUGGCGGAGGCCAAGGGGCACCAGGUGUCUGUCAUGUUUGAUCUGAUGCCACUGGAAGACCCCCACUACGAGCGCCUGGUCAACAUCACAGUGGAGACCAUCCUCAAAUCGGGCAUCGACCAAGAGCUGAUCCUCUGGCUGCCUAAUAAGUUUCGGAAGGAUGUGAGACAGUGGGCACCCGGGUUCCAGCACAUCUACGGCCCUGAAAGUUUGGACAACAAGACCAGAAGGCUACCACGAGUCAACCUAGCUUACCAAAAACUGAGCAGCAGAGAAAUCAGGGAAUACCACCGUAACAAUAUCUCGGUCAACCUGUUUGUGAUAAAUGCUCCGUGGCUCUUCUCCGUCCUGUGGUGUGCUGGGACUACUUCGGUCACCACCAAUGCCUGCCAGGUGCUACAGAAGAUGCAGCACCCCCUCUGGCUACUGCCUCGUGCCACCUAUCAAAUGAUCUGGAUUGUGACAGAUUGUGUGUCUUUCCUGCUGGUUCUCUCGGCUUUCUUGAUGCUGAAAAGGUGGUCUCGGAAAAAGGACUCGAGAGGUUCCAGCUCCGAUGUGCUCCUGACGAAGAUCCACAGCCUCUUGUCCGAGUGAGGCAGGAGCGUCCAGAAGCUCCGGGCUUUGCCCUCCCCCCCCCCCCCCCCCGCUUGCUACUCUUGGCAGGACUCUCCUCUUUCAAAUGCUUCUCUGGGAACAGCCUGUCCUGGGUGUUUGCUGGCAGCGGCUGCUGGGAUCUGUUUCAGGGGCCUGUAUUGCACAGCCUUCAAAGGAGCAGCUUGGAAGCUGCGUUUCUUCUUGGAGAGCCGAACCCGGAGCCUUCCCAGAUCCUGGAACUACUGCUAGAGCCUCAGGACAGAAUUAGGCAGCUACCGACUCUCCUGCGGGACCAUUUUUCUUCUUGAUGGGGGGCUGGGGGGGAUCUUGGAAGUGCCCAAUAAAGCUGUUUGUACAGGCUGGGAAA